CGAUUUGAGUUAGAUCGGAUUUGUACUUUUGAACGACAGGAUAUAGCACUAACCGAGUUUAUCGGCCUCCAGUUAUUUUUACGGUUUGCACGAUUAUAGUUUUAGAUAGCCGUGAUAAAAAUUAAAGAUUUAAAUUUAAUGACAAUAGAUAUUUCUGGAAUUUUACGUAGGGGAGAUAUACUCCCGACGUAAACAUAAGCCUGUAUUUCAACCCGCAUAAAAUUUGUUACCAUGCGUCCGUAUAUGUGAAUGAAUUGUAAAGCUUUUAAGGUUUGUAUAAUUAGAGUAGAAAUCUGUAACGAGCUUAGUAUAUUUUCUGUUAAAUUAUUAUCUGUUACUACAGCAGAAAAAAAAGUUUGUUUUGAAGCAUCUAUCAAGCAAUUUCAGCUUUCAAUUUUACAACUUAUUUAAGUGAAAUUUAAUCCUGCACAUGGAGAUACCUGGGUAAUAUUAAUUUAGUUAAUUUACUUUAUUUAUACAAAUAUAUUAUAAAGUUAAAACUUUUAAAAUAUAAAGACCCAAUUUAAUUUUUUUUUUAGUUUUACGUGUUCUACUUGUAUGAUGACAUUUACAAGAAAAGAUAACAUGAAAAGACAUACAUUACUAGUUCAUAAAACUAUUUUUAGAGAUAAACAGUCCAAAGAUAAAAGAACUCCAUGUUAUUAUCAAAACUGCACCCAAGUUUUUUUUCAAAAAGUUAAACUAAUUAAACAUAUAGAGGACUGUCAUGAAGGUAUAUUUCACAAAGAAUCCCUUCAUUUUUCAUCAGAAUGUGAAUUCACAGCAUGGAAGGAAAAAGAGGAAGUUGAUAAUUAUGUUUUUUUCAGUAAACAAGCAGGCAGUUUUUUUACUGGAAAUAAUAGUGACAAAGAGGUAAAAACAAGUUAUUUUAUUUGUCAAUAUGAUGGUCAUUCAAAACCACAUCGCUCUGCUAUUGAACCAGCACGAAAAACAAAUAAAAGGUACUACAGAGGGAGUGUUAAAUCGGGUGCUUUUUGCCCUGCCAGGAUUGAUUGUCAAGGUAAGCAAAAAUGGAGCCACAAAUGUGCAUUAUAUCAAAACUCAUAAUCACACUAUUGGUAUUACAAAUACCAUGUACCAGCCUAUUCCAGACAAUGUUAAGAAAUGUAUUUCUGCUAAAUUAUCAAUUGGUGUGUCUGUAAAUAAGGUUUAUCAAGAUCUUAGGGAAGGUUUUGGAGACAGACAAAAUAGAAAUAAAGGAGAUGAUUUUCUCACUAAGUCUCAUCUUCUUACCAAAAAGAACAUUUCAGAUAUAAACAGAACAGUAAAAAAGGGAUGUCGACUUCACCCUGAUGAUAGCACUUCAACCUUUUUACUUGUUCAAAAGUUGAAGUCUGAAGAGUUUAAUAGCAUUCUGGUUUUUAAGCCACAAGGACAACAAACUAUUAUUGGGCCUAAAGUGUAUGAUGACAUUGAUUUUAAUAAGGAUUCUUUUGUUAUUGCUAUACAAACAAAGCAUCAACUGUCAAUGUUUGAAAAACAUGCUUCACAAAUUGUUUGUAUAGACUCAACACACUGUACCAAUCAGUACGCAUUUCCUCUUGUAACUUUACUUGUUCGGGAUGAUUUUAAGAGGGGCUAUCCAGUAGCUUUUCUUAUUUCUAAUCAUGCUAACGAACAAACCAUAACACCAUUUUUAGAAGAAAUAAAAAAGAGAUGUAGUAGUUUUGUGAAAGUUAAUGCUGUUAUGACAGAUGAUGAUUCGUCAGGUUGGAAUGCUUUUUGUAAUGUUUUUGGAGAUGUGCGUCACUUGCUAUGUAAAUGGCAUGUAAAACGUGCUUGGCGUAGUAAACUUUCUUUGGCUGGUCCUGCUCAUUUACAAGAAGAAGUUUACAAGAUCUUAGAGACAAUUAUUGAUGAAAAAGAUCCUCAAGUUUUUCUAUCAACAAUGAAUAGAUUUAUCAAGGUGUAUGAACAUAAAUCUCCUAACUUUAUUAAAUACUUUGUCACAUACUAUGCUUCUAGACAUAUAAAAUGGGCUUCUUGUUAUCGCAACUUCCAACAUGCAGAUACUGAUACUAAUAUGUUAUGUGAAUCAUUUCAUAACAAAUUGAAGACAGUUUACAUGGAAAGAAGACCUAAUAAAAGGUUAGAUGACUUGAUUAAUUUACUUCUAAAAAUUGAAGAAGAUAGUUAUUGGCGAUACAAAAGAGACAAUAUUUAUCUAGGUACAAUAUCGCUCCCCAAAUAUUAUAAAAAAAGGCAUGAAAAAGGAAUGUUGAUUUCAGAUAACUGUGUUGUUAAUGUUUAUCAACUCAAUACUCAGUUAAAAGCCAAUCUAAAGAUCUAACAUAUAUUGUUUCCAUUUUAACUAACAUUUGUACAGAAAGUUCGUGUUUAGAGGUAUGUCUAAAUCCUGCUUGCAAUGGUUUGUGUGAGCAUUUGUAUAAGUGUAAUUGUAAUGACACGGUAGUCCUUUGUAAGCAUGUUCACAAGUUACAAUCAUUCCUUCUGAAAACUCAAGAAAAAGAUUUUGAAAAAGUAUCUGUGGCUGUUGAUAUAAAUGAUAAUCAAA